GCGGCUGCCGCCAUUCUCUUUGCUGCGGUGUACCUGUCAGGGAGAAAGCAGUAGCUCUUGUAGUUUUUUGGACUCCCCGCCACAGCUUCUUCUCCUUUCGUUGUCGUUUUGCACUCCACGCGCCAAGUGGGUUGGGUAAUUAGUCGAUUGUGUUUGUUCAACCAUGACGGAAGAGGAGGUUUCUGCCGUUGUUUGCGAUAAUGGCUCGGGUAUGGUGAAGGCGGGGUUCGCUGGCGAUGACGCCCCUCGCGCCGUCUUUCCGAGCAUUCUUGGCCGCCCUCGUCAUCAAGGCGUCAUGGUUGGGAUGGGACAGAAGGAAGCUUAUGUAGGCGACGAGGCGCAGUCUAAGAGGGGUAUUUUGACCCUUAAGUAUCCGAUUGAGCAUGGUAUCGUGACGAACUGGGACGAUAUGGAGAAGAUUUGGCAUCACACCUUCUAUAACGAGCUGCGGGUUGCGCCGGAGGAGCACCCCGUGCUGCUGACGGAGGCGCCGCUCAAUCCGAAAGCGAACCGGGAGAAGAUGACCCAGAUCAUGUUCGAGACGUUCAACGUUCCAGCAGCUUACGUCGCGAUCCAGGCCGUCUUGUCCCUCUACGCGAGCGGCCGCACUACCGGCAUCGUGCUCGACUCCGGCGAUGGAGUCACACACACCGUGCCCAUCUACGAGGGCUUCGCGCUGCCGCACGCCAUUCUUCGUCUUGACCUCGCUGGGCGGGAUCUCACCGAUUACAUGAUGAAGAUUCUCACGGAGCGUGGGUACUCCUUCACCACGAGUGCGGAGCGUGAAAUCGUUCGGGACAUCAAGGAGAAGCUAGGGUACGUGGCUUUGGAUUUUGAGCAGGAGCAGUCCACCAGCUCUCAUAGCUCUUCUCUCGAGAAAAGCUAUGAGCUUCCUGACGGCCAGAUCAUCACCAUUGGGACCGAGCGAUUCCGAUGCCCCGAAGUCCUCUUCAAUCCUGCUUUGAUUGGCAUGGAGUCGGCGGGCAUUCACGAGACGACCUACAAUUCCAUCAUGAAAUGCGACGUGGACAUCAGGAAAGACCUGUACGGGAAUAUCGUCCUCAGUGGCGGGUCCACUAUGUUCCCUGGUAUUGGCGAUCGGAUGAGCAAGGAGAUUACCUCAUUGGCUCCUAGUACUAUCAAGAUCAAGGUGGUUGCUCCUCCGGAACGCAAGUACAGUGUCUGGAUAGGAGGAUCCAUUCUCGCCUCGCUCAGCACUUUCCAGCAGAUGUGGAUUUCCAAGGCGGAAUACGACGAGGCGGGACCUUCCAUUGUACAUCGGAAAUGCUUUUGAUCUCUUUGAGUCUUCGUAGUGAUUUUCAAAACACACCAGGAUUGCACGCUCAUGCGCAACUGUAGAAAUACUUUUUUCACCGUCUUCUCAUGUCCGUGUGUGCACAGUGUCGUCCUCUCUUCGUUGAACUUGUUGCUGCGGGUUUGCCCUCUUUCCUCGAACAAAUCGCGUUUGCUUCCGUGUGUGUCAUCAGAGCGAGCCGUAGAAACAAACUGACUUAUUCGAAAAAGUAACUACCUCCGCCGCCGUUUUACUACCACCGGCAGCAUAACGACCCUUGGUUUCGCUUCCGUCAUCGUGCUUCUUAGAGAUUGGUCGUCAAACGCACUUUUUCAGUUCUAGUCGCGAAGGGGAAUAUAACUAUUUUCGGCUAACUGUAUGUAUCCUUGGAUCCAGAAAACUGUCUCUGCGCUUGGGUUAAGGUCAAUCUUCUUCACCACAGAUCUGAUCUCGGAAGUGAGAGAGAGAGAGAGAGAGAGAGAGAGAGAGAGAGAGAGAGAGAGAGAGAGAGAGAGAGAGAGAGAGAGAGAGAGAGAGAGAGAGAGAUGCUUUUGGGUUGAGGUGGAAUUUGACGUGAUGAUAGCACAGGCUAGAGAGUCCUCCGUCCGCAUUCUUUGUGCAUGCACAUAAUGGAGGACACUUCGCCUCGUUGGACUCGACGAUGGGAUUUAUUCAAACCGGAUUCGACAGGUGCUCUGAGAUGGCGGAGCUUAUGAUAGACUUCCAUGCUGCUCGUCAGCUUGGAAGUUGACGACGACGAUGACGUGGAGAAGCGCUAGUGAAUUCUUUAUUUAUUACGUAUUUCUAUGAAACGCUUCAGGUUUUUCAAGCCUUUCGUGCAAGCUGUCAGUCAUUCUGCAAGUUUUACGUAGAGCAUGCCGAGGAGCAUAGCGAGGUUGCUGUGUUGUACUGAGCUGAGACUACCGCCAUCCCCCGAACACAACGCACCCUCAUUCUGGCCGCACCUGACCGGAAAGUUCGCAUUUAUACAUUCAGAAUCAGGGUUCGCCUUUAUACAUUCAGAAUCAGGGUGCGUUAUGUUCGGGAGAAGACGGUAGUAGCCGAGCAGAGCAAGCUGUGUUUCUUUACUGUAGCUGUGCUUGUAGAGGAGAUUAGAGUUUCGGUUAUGGGGUGCACCUGACAGGAAAGGUCGCCUGUAUACAUUCAGAAUCAGGGUGUUCGGGGGAAGACGGUAGUAGCCGAGCAGAGCAAGCUGUGUUUCUUUACUGUAGCUGUGCUCGUAGAGGAGGUGAGAGAUUCGGUUAAGGGGUGCACCUGACCGGAAAUAUCGCCUGUAUACAUUCAGAAUCUGGGUGCGGUAUGUUUGGGGGAAGACGGUAGUAGCAGAGCAGAGCGUUCUGUGUUUCUUUACUGUAGCUGUGCUCGUAGAGGAGAUUAGAGAUUCGGUUAUGGGCUGCACCUGACCACAAAGAUCGCCUGCAUACAUUCAGAACCAGGAUGCGUUAUGUUCGGGGGAGGACCGUAUUAGCAGAGCAGAGCAAUCUUCUUUACUGUAGCUGUGCUCGUAGAGGAGCUUAGAGAUUCGGUUAUGGCCUGCACCUGACCGGAAAGAGCGCUUGUAUACAUUCAGAAUCAGGGUGGGUUAUGUUCGGGGGAAGACGGUAGUAGCAGAGCAGAGCAAGCUGUUUUUCUUUACUGUAGCUGCGCUGGUAGCGGAGAUUAGAUAUUCGGUUAUGGGAGGAGCGGAGGGAGACGCGGAGAAGAGUGAGGCAGGGGAUUAUGUAUCAUUCCAGGGUUCAUUCGGAAAAUGAACUGCUCGCACGGGA